AUGGUGUUCACCGGCAUCGUAGAGGAAAUGGGUGAAGUCGUUUCCGUCGAACGGAAGGCGGACUUAGAGAUGUGGGACGGCUCCAAAUCAGAGGGCUUCGUUCUGAAGAUCAAAUGCAAGGUUGCACUCCAAGGGGCCUACAUCGGCUGCAGCAUAGCUGUCAAUGGCACAUGUCUGACAGUGACACAGUUCGAUUCGGAGGCUUUUGAAGUGAACUGCGCCCCAGAGACCUUGCGGAGAACAGACUUGGGCGACUUGAAAACAGGUGACCUGGUGAAUUUGGAACGGUCAAUGGCCGCAACGGAUCGAAACUCUGGACACUUUGUUCAGGGCCAUGUGGAUGAAGCUGGAAAGAUCUUGAAGUUCACGCCAGAGGGCGAUUCACUGUGGGUGCGCAUCUCUCUGAGCGAUGAGAUCUUGCCGUUUGUGAUUCCAAAAGGUUACAUUGCCGUGGAUGGCACCAGCCUGACAGUUUGCGAGGCCACGGACAAGGAUGGCGGUCACUGCAGCGUUUGCGCCAUGCCCUUUGUUUUGUUGGGUCCACGUGUCCAGGUGAAUCGCAGAGAGAAGUGGUUCAAUUUGAUGCUGAUUGCGCACACUCAGAAGUGCAUCGUCAUUCCAAAGAAGAAGGCAGCGGACCGAAGUCACACAACAGUUGCGGCUGACGCAGGUUGUUGCUUUCGUGGCUCUGUGUGCUGCAGCUCUUUCCUUGAAGGCAGCGCGGACAGCUUAGAUGCGCUGCAGGCACGAAAUCACGGGAUGUUGGGGCCACGGGUGGGUUCGGUUGUUUUUUUAGCCGGUACCUUCUCUUCGAAGGGAGAAUGGCACCGCUUGAGAUGUCGCCUGGAUCGAAUCAAGGCACUUUUUGCUCGCCUGUCUGCUGUUGGCUGGAACUUCUUGGCUGGUCUCGCAGUUGGCCUGCGCUUUUCAGGCACAGCGCCCCUUAGUUCUCAGCGGCUGUCCACACAGCAUUGGACUGCCUCACAUGCGCAGCUUCAGGCGUUUCCUCUCCACCAGGUUUCUGAUGCGCCACCUGCCUUUGCAGGGGCCAGCGUGGCGAGCGUGAAGGCGUUUCAGGCCACUGGACCCCUUUGCAUCGUGUGGUUUUGA